UGUGUUUAACAGGAGAACAGCUGCCGUCUAUCCAGGCAACACAAGAACAUCUCUUUUUAAAUCAGCGUUAUGUUUUAGAUGUUUACGGUUUGAUCUGUAAAGUCGCUGUGAAUGCGUUAUAAGCGGUUAUAGGCGGUUAUAAGCUCCGCUGAUCCGUUAUGUGCGCACAGAUCAUCUCCGUUAUCUCCCCUCAAUCGGCGCGUGCACACCGGAUCUGAAUCGUCUUUGCGCGCACGCGUGUUUUAAGUGCCGUUUAUUUUGCGAACAGCGUUUUGAUCAGCACGUUUCAUAAAGCCGAGGGUUAAUGAUGAAGUGUUGUUAAGUGGCGGCUCGGGAAGGAAACGCAGGGACAGAAACAGGACGCGCUGAGAGCUCGAAAACCCGGCAUGGACUACUUCCUGGAUUUCGAGGAGUGCAUCCGGGACUCUCCGGUGUUCAGGCUGUCUUUGGAGCGCUGUGAGAAUGACCUAGAGGAGCUGGAGAGUCGAAUGGAGAAGGUGAUGAAGUUGUGUAAUAAGAUGGUGGAUGAUGGUCAGGUGUUUUGUUCCACUAAUCAGCUCUUCCUGUCUGCGCUGGCUGAGCUCACAUCACAUCAUAAAAACAACACUGUUAUAGAGACUUGUUUGCAGCAGUUUAACCAGGCUCUGCAAGAGAUGAUCCACUUCCACAAAAUACUGCUUGACCAGACUCGGAGAGCGAUCACACAGCAACUCACACAUCUGCUGACGCAGUACCUCCCCCCGAUGCGAGGUGCUCGCUGUGAGUGUGUACGGAUCAGGGAUGAGCUGAACUCUGCGCUGGUGAAGAGCUCUCAGGUUCCACAGCACAAAGCGGCAGAGGCAGAGCGACACACACACCUGCUGCUCGCGACACGCAAGUGCUACACACACUGCAGCCUGGACUACUGUCUACAGCUGAAUAAUUUCCUGACUCAGCAGAAGCUGGACGUGCUGAACUCAGUUUUCUCCUUUUUUCACGCACAGAACACGUUUUUUCAUCAGGGCUUUGACCUGCUAAAAGAUCUGGAUCCGACCGUGAAGACUAUGGCAGUUGAGCUAUCUCGACUCUCAGCUGAAUGUGUGAACAGAAAGAAGAACCUGGAGCAUCAGCACCUGCUCGUCCAGCAGAGAGACGCCUGUGGGGAGCCCGUGCUGUUCAGCGGAGGAGCUAUCGAAGGAUAUCUGUUUAAACGCUCACGGCGGAAAAAUAAAACAUGGAAGAGGUGUUGGUUUUCAGUGAAUCAUGAUCAGCUGAUUUACACCAAAUCACACAAGGAGCAACCGCUUGUUCUGUUUGAUGAUCUCCGCUUGUGUGCUGUAAAAUCUCUGGACUCAAUCGAUCGCCGUUUCUGUUUCGAGCUGCUGUCUGUGCAGAAGAGCUGUGUUUUACAGUCGGACUCGGAGGAGUUAAAGAUGGCGUGGAUGAACGCGGUGCAGAGCCGCAUUGACAUGGCGUACAGAGAGAGAGUGCAAUCCGAAUACAUAAAGGUGAAGGACGGUUCUCUUCCCGCUCCCGCUCCUGUCCCCGCCCCUCUACCCGGUCCUCUUAGCACGGUUCUCCGUAGCCAUGGUAACCAGCGCUGCUGUGACUGCGGGGAGGCGGAGCCUCGCUGGGCGAGCGUCAACCUCGGCAUCACAGUCUGUAUCGAGUGUUCAGGCAUCCACAGGAGUCUUGGUGUACAUCUGUCUAAGGUUCGAUCUCUCACUCUGGAUUCAUGGGACCCUGAACAGCUAAAGCUCUUGUGUGUUCUGGGUAAUGAUGUCAUCAACGGUAUUUAUGAACGUCACCUGUCUGAGGUGGAGAAACCCAAGUCUGAUAGCUCUCGGCAGCAGAAGGAGGUGUAUAUCAGAAUGAAGUACGUAGAGAAAAAGUUUGUUCAGCGGUGUGACCCUCCUGUCUCCGAGACAGUCCAGCAGUGGGCGGGACGGAGGCUGUAUGAUGCUGCCUUGGGCGGUGACAUCAUCUCCAUGGCUCUGGCGCUGGCUCAGGGUGGGGACGUGAACUGGACUAACCACGAGGGACGGACGCCUCUGAUUGGUGCAGCAAUUGGAGGCUCCUUAGUGGCGUGCGAAUUCCUUCUGCAGAACGGCGCCAACGCCAAUCACCGAGACCAACAUGGACAAGCAGCGAUACACACAGCGACAACAUGGGGACACACAGGGCAGGUGUGUCUGCUGCUGAAAAGAGGAGCCAAUCAGUACGCAGCAGAUGAAAAGGGAAAGGACCCCCUCAGUAUCGCCAUAGAAACGGCUCACGCUGACAUUGUUACUCUGUUGAGGAUGGCCCGUAUGAAUGAAGAAAUGAGAGAGUCUGAAGGAUUUUUUGGAUCAGUGGGAGACGACGAGACAUUUCAGGACAUCGUUCGUGAUUUCAGUAACAUGGCGUCCCAUGAUCCAGAGCAGCUGUCACGCAGACGCUUCAGCACUCAGAACGAAUCACAGGAUGAGCAGAAGGAUGGAAUCGCGCUGGAGAAGACCUGAGGGGAGGAGAUGUGGAGCGUUCUGCCCUGACUGGAUGGAAUCAGCUGUAGUUUCUAUUUAAGGUAUAGGGCUGAAGGUUCAGGACUUAAGAGUUCAGAGUAGAAUGUUGGGGUUCAGGAGGUCAAAUAUGUUCAUGUUUUUUUCUAGUGACUGAAGGGGACCAAGUGAUUAUUGUAAAGAUAAAUCAUAUACAUUUCUUUUAAAUUAUAUUUCUUGACCAAAGUAAAUAAUUAUAUAUAUAUAUAUAUAUAUA